UUGGGCGCACUACGGAGGCCGAAAAGGGAAGAAAUGUGGGCGCGGGCGGUGUGGCUGGCUCUUCGGGUCCCUCUGGGCGGGCGCCGGGGCUUCACCUGCCAGGCGGAUUCUCAGGGAUGCGGGCGGAUCACGGCCGACGUGAUUGAGCACUUGGAACGUCUAGCGCUGGUGGACUUCAGCAGCCGCGAGGCGGUGGUGCGGCUGGAGAAAGCCGUCGCCUUCGCUGACCGGCUCCGCGCGGUGGACACUGAUGGGGUGGAGCCCAUGGAGUCGGUACUGGAGGACAGAUGUCUGUACUUGAGAUCCGACAACAUAGCAGAAGGCAACUGUGCUGAAGAACUACUGCAAAACUCCCAUCGUGUGGUGGAAGAGUAUUUUGUGGCCCCCCCAGGUAAUAUCUCUUUGCCACAGCUGGGUGAACAACUGCCCUUCCCAACAGACUCGAGUAGUCAUUCUGGGAAGGGGAUACCCCAUGAGCAUGUGGAAGAGCAAUGAUGGUAUUUUGUUACUGUGAACCCUAUUGUUCCCACUUCUUUAAUCACCUGAAAAAAAUGGAUGUUUAAGCAUUUCUUAGUAUCUGACUCUUCUGAAGACAGAACUGGAAAAAAUCUGGCCAAAACAAAGCACUGAAUUCCUGAUAGUAAAGAGCAAAAGUCAGCUUCCAAGGAAAUCAAUCUUAUACUUGCUUGCAGACCUGUUCAGUAUGGAAAACAUUAUUUCCUCCUAAAAAACUGUCUACCAAACUAUAUAAGUGAACUUGUAUAUAUAUAUAUAUAUAAACUCUGGUAGAAUAUUAAUAAAAAUCUGGUAGACAGUAUCUGAUUACUGUGACAACCUGA